AGCUGCUGGGUUCGCGCCAGAGAGGUGCAUGGUGAGCUGCAAGGUAGGCAAUGGAGCUCAGCUAUGGAAGCUGAGGCAGACCCACGCCGUCGGUGGACAGGCGACUAUGCCAUGUCGAGCGGUGCUGCUGCUGUCCUUCCUUCAAUAGGUUCGCGGGACCACGCGCUGGGCACCUGCCGGCCCUGCGCCUGGCUUUGGAAGCCUUCGGGCUGCCGCAAUGCCCAGGACUGCACCCACUGCCACCUCUGCGACGCGGACGCCUUCAAGAAGCGGCGAGCCGUCAAGGGCAAGAGCGAGGGCAAGGGGAAAAGGAAGGAUUGGGAGGAACCCUCGGAGAGAGCCUCGGAGAGACCCGCGGAGAGACCCGCGGAGCGCUCCGAGAGGCCUCGCUGGGAGGAACUAAGGUCCGGGUGGUCCAGGGGUUCAGAGGGCCACGGAUUUCAGGAGUGCAGGCCAUGCCUCCUCCGCUUGACUUCGGCUGGGUGCACCGACGGUGCGGAUUGCGAGUACUGCCACAUUUGCGUGCCCGAGCAGUACCAGACCGCUGCACCCGAGAGGCAGUCCGAGAGGCCAGUGCCCUGGGAGGCUUCUGGCACUGUGCCUACGGUACCUGGAGGCUGGGAGAACCGGGAGGCGCACUUCAUCAAUCUUGCCGAGCGGCUUCAACCGGAGGCCUCGGCCGCGGCGACGAUGGCGCCGGUGCCCUCCGCGCCCUCCGGCGGAAUCGCCGGGCUCGGCGGACUCGGAGCGUCGCCCGUGGUCCUGGGCACAGCGCCCUAUCCGACGCCGAUGAGGACAAUGCCCCCACGUCGGCGGCGAGAGAUUGGCGAUAUCUACACCUACCCCUGCGAUAUGCAAAUGGGCGUGAAUGAAGCUCCAGCCUGUCUGGAUUGCGGAAGCACCACGCUGUGUGUUUGCCAUCAAGGCGCCUUUGGCUUCUCAGAGCGCAAUCCACGGCAUUGGCUUCCCAGCCGGGACCCAGGAGGUCGAGACUGGCAGAGACGGAACGGAGGCGAGGCCAACCCGACGGCGGUUCUGCGGGAUCUCAUGCAGAACGACGCGGAAGCCGGCGAUGCCGCGGCAGUGGCGGAUGCGCUGCACGCCAGCGGCAAGUGCAAGCCGUGCCUGGAACUUCUGCAGACCAAGUCCUGCCGUGCCGGCGCCGAGUGCGAGUUCUGCCACCUCUGCGUUGUUGCCCCGAGGAGAAAGAAGAUCAACAACAUGUCGCUGAAAAAGCGGGAUUGAGAUGAUCGGAGGGCCGGGGGGCAUGCGUUGCAUGCCCAAGCUCAGGCCCACUUGGGGAAUACGAACCUCACCCCAAAGCAAAUCGUUGCUCUGUUUUGC